UCUUUUUGGAAAAUAAUGCAAUCAUAACUCUUUAAGUUUUUUAAAUCAAACCAUGGGCAGCUCCAUCAAAUGCAUUACAAAGCUUUCUUCUUAUAAAGACCUUUGUAAAGCCUUAAACUUUUCAACUCCAUUUCAACAAUCCCACUGUUGAUGAUUCUUGAAAAAGAGUAAUCACAUAUAAUCAUGAUAGGCAAAAGACCAAGUCCGGUGAUCGGAAUGAUCACCGGCUCAUCAGUUUCAGGUAACCGGACGGGAACUAUAUAUGGUCCCACUAGUCCAAGAAGUCCUCUAGAUUUCAAGAUUCAAUCACCAAGAGGUCUAAAAGCCUAUAAUAAUUUUGGUGGGGUUGGAUUAGCUAUUGUAGCUUCUCUUGAUGAUAAUAAAGAUGGUGCAAUCAAGGUUAAUAAACCUGUAUACAACACAAGUUCGAUUAAGUCCAUACCAAUUCCAGGGAAUUCAACAGACUUGGACAAUUUUGAAGACUACACAGUAGUUACUUGUCGCGGACCAGAUAAAAAGUCAUAUACUAGAGUAUAUUGCAAUGGAAGUGUACAAGAAAACCGAAGAUCCACUGACAGAAAACAGAAGUGUUCAAGUGUUUUUGACAUAUCUCCAACUAGAUUUGGAGAUUUUCCAAGAUAUCCAGAUUCAGAUUUCCUCAGUUCCUGUCAGUUAUGCAACAAAAAGCUCCAUGGCAAAGACAUAUUUAUGUACAGGGGAGAGAUAGCAUUCUGUAGCACAGAGUGUCGGUAUAGGCAGAUAGCAAUGGAUGAGCAAAAGGAGAAGUGUAGCUCUGACUUUUCAAGAUCUGCUGAUAUUGCAACCUCACCUUAUGCUAAUGGCCAAAUAUUUUCUACCGGAAUUCUGGCUGUCUAGACUAAAUAAAUCAAUAGCUCUAUAGGAUAUUAGUGCAUAACUACAUAGUAAAUAACUCGGAAAUACCUCAAUAUAUUUGAGAAACGGCUCUACUUUAAUUACAGGAAGUUCCCUUUUU